AUGAAAACACUCGGCCUCCUAGGCGGCACCUCCUACCCCUCCACAAUCCUCUACUACACCACUAUAAACAAUCACACCCACUCCAAACUCGGCGGCUCCCACUCCGCCCCCCUCCUCCUCCACAGCUUCGACUUCUCCACCCUCCUGGCUCGAGUCUCCGCAUCCAACGGAGACUGGGCUUCCGCUUCCUCGCUCCUGAUCCCCGCCGCUCAAAACCUCGUCUCCAUCGGCGCCUCUGCCAUCGUCGUCUGCGAAAACGUCAUCCACGCCGCCGCACCCCCCGUGCAGGAAGCGUUGCCCGCUCACAUCCCCAUCCUACACGUCGUCGACGCCGUCGGCGCAAAGCUGCGCGACGCAGGGGUCAAGAAAGUCGGCCUCCUCGCGACUAAGGGCGUGAUGGAGGGGGAUUACUACGUCCCACCGCUCCGCACACGCUACGGGCUCGACGUCGUGACGCCCAGCCCGGGCGAGACGGCGUGGGUGGACCACGUGAUCUUCGAAGAGCUGGGGAAGGGUGUCGUGGCGCAGCGGUCGCGGGAGAAGGUGUUAGGGAUUAUAGAGGGGUUGCGGGAGCAGGGCGCUGAGGCGGUUGUGCUGGCGUGCACGGAUCUAGCGCCUCUGCUAGAGGGGGAGGUGGAGAAGGGGCGGGUGAGGGGGGUGCGGGUGUACGAUUCGACGGUUGUGCAUGCGGAGUUUGUGGCGGAGUGGGCGAUGGCGGGUGGAGAGGGGAAGCGGGGGGUAAUUGGGUGA